AUGAACGAACUGGAAGCGCUCCGGCAGGAGGCGGAAACGCUGAAGAACGCGAUCCGCGAUGCGCGGAAGGUGGCCUGCGAUACGUCGCUGGUGCAGGCGACGAACAAUCUCGAGCCGAUCGGGCGGAUACAGAUGCGCACGAGGCGCACCCUGCGGGGCCAUCUAGCAAAGAUCUACGCGAUGCACUGGGGCAGCGACUCCCGGAACCUGGUGUCGGCCUCGCAGGACGGCAAGCUGAUCGUGUGGGACUCGCACACCACCAACAAGGUGCACGCCAUCCCGCUGCGCUCGUCCUGGGUGAUGACGUGCGCGUACGCCCCGUCCGGUAACUUUGUGGCGUGCGGCGGCCUGGACAACAUCUGCUCGAUCUACAACCUGAAGACGCGCGAGGGCAACGUGCGCGUGUCCCGUGAGUUGCCCGGCCACACCGGCUACCUCUCGUGCUGUCGGUUCCUGGACGACAACCAGAUCGUGACCAGCUCGGGCGACAUGUCGUGCGGGUUGUGGGACAUCGAGACGGGCCAGCAGUGCACCUCGUUCCUGGGGUUGAUGAACACGUAUAUGUAUAUUUGUGCGUAUGUCUAUGCGUGUGUGCCUUUGUCGAUGCUCGAUCAACCGAUGCCGUAA